AUGUCGUUUACAGAAAUAGCAAAUUUAUGUCAAAGUAUUGAUGAAUCAAAUUUUUUUAUUUAUAAAUAUGGUAUUGAAUUACCAAAAGAAGAUGAUACACAUUCAGAACAAAUUAUUCUUUCACCUGAAAUACCAUUUAUUACAAAUACAUAUGACAGUGUUUAUGUUAAUACAAAUGGUUUUUUAUCAUUUUUAUUACCAAUAGCAUAUUUUUUUCCUCAAAUAACAUUGACAAGUUAUAGUGGAUAUGCAAUUAUUGCACCGUUUUGGGCUGAUAUUGAUGUAUCAAUUAAAAAUGGUUCUAUAACAUAUAAAUAUACAAAAGAAGAAGAUUUACUUAAAAAAGCAAAAGAAUUAAUUCAACAAGGUUUUUUAAAUUCAAAAACAUUUCAACCCAAGUCAAUUUUAAUAUGUACUUGGAAAGAUGUUCAUUCUUUUUCAGAUAAAUAUAAUAAGAAAAAUACAUUUCAAGUCGCUAUUGUUAGUGAUGGUGUACAAACAUAUUCUAUAUUUAUGUAUGCAAAAUUAGAAUUUAUUUCAGCUUAUAGUCCUACAAAAUUAGGUCGAGAAGAUCGAUAUGCUGAAGCAGGUUUUACUGAUGGUACACCUCAACAAACAACAGUUUUACCUGGAUCAGGUGGAGCAGCAAUGGUAAACUUAGUCAAAGAAUCAAAUAUUGGUAAACCAGGUGUAUGGAUUUAUUUAAUUGGAGAUCGACGUCGUUAUGGAAGAUUUCGUAUAGUACCAGCAGGAACUGAUGAUGAUUAUGAAGAAGCUUUUGUACCAGUACAACCACCUUAUUCAUCGAAUAUGUUUCAACAAGAACGUCAUAAUCUUUAUCAUGAGCAAGCAACACUUCCAUCUACAACGACAAUUCCACCAGAUGCUGUCGAAUGUCAAACAUGUUCUCGUCAUGCUCAAUGUGAAAAUCAAGGCAAUGGAUAUUGUUGUCGUUGUCUUUUUCCUUAUUUGGGUUCAGGACUUCGAUGUGAACGAGCUGAAAAUUAUCCAGUUGUGGGCAAAAUUAAUGGUGAAAUUAAUGGUCAUAAAAUUGAUUCUGAAUUACAAGGUUAUGUUUAUAUGGAAGAUGGUCGAAUACAUAAUUCACUUUAUAAUAUGCCAUUAAUUUAUUCUAAUCUUCAACAAUUAAUACCUUUAUUUAAUACAAUAAAUUGGUUAUUUGGUGCAAUUCAUCGAUUUUCAGAUCCUAUUGAAAAUGGUUUUGCUCUAACAGGUGGAGUUGUGAAUCGUUCAGCUUUGGUACGUAUUUUUGAAGCUGAUAAUACAACUGAACAAACAGUUUUAAAUAUUGAACAAUAUUUUCGUGGAAUUGAAUCAGGUGUUCUUUCUGUUGAUACUUAUAUCAAUGGUAGUCUUCCAUAUCCAGAAGGAAAUCUAUCUGUUACAAUAGGAAAUAAUAAUAUUAAAUAUAUAAAACGAUCAUUAGGUCAUUAUGAUGCAAAAUCAUUAAUAACUUAUACAUUAAAAUCAAAAAUUGAUACUAACUCAAGUAUUAUUUAUAAUAUGAGUUAUGAAAUUGAAGAUAGUUUAACAUUUUAUGAAUGUCUACAUAAUCCACAUCGAUCAGCAAAAGAAAUUGUUGUAUCAAAUCAUGAUAAUCAUAUUUAUCAUUCAAUUGAAGAUACAACUAUUCGAUUUUUUACUAUUAGUAAAUUUGGUACUCAAGCUCCAAAAUUUGAUCCAUGCGAUUCAUUACCUUGUCAUGGUUAUGCUCAAUGUAUACCAAAUUUAGAACAAAAUUCUUAUGAUUGUAGAUGUAAUCUAGGUUUUAUUGGUGAUGGUACACGUCGUUGUGAUGAUAUUAAUGAAUGUAUUCAAUCACCAUGUCAUCCAAAUGCAAUAUGCACAAAUACAUAUGGAAAUUUUACAUGUGAAUGUAAACAAAAUUAUAUUGGAAAUGGAUUUUUUUGUAAACCUAUCAACGAUGAAAUUGAAACAUGUGCAACAAAAAUUUGUCCACAAUUUUCAACAUGUAUACAAGAUCCACACACAAGACAAGCACGUUGUUUAUGUAAAGAAGGUUGGCAAAUGGUUGAUGAUCAUGAAAAUUAUAAAUCUAUUUGUAAAUCAAAACAAUGUAAUGAAUACUAUAAUUGUGAUAUAAAUGCUAAUUGUCUUAUUAAUGAAAAUACACAAAAAUAUGAAUGUAUAUGUAAACCAGGUUUUUAUGGUGAUGGAUAUUCAUGUACAGCACAUUUUUGUUCAUCGGAUGGUGAUUGUGGAUAUAAUGCACAUUGUUUACCUGAUGAACAACGACCAGGUUUUAGUAAAUGUGUUUGUGAUCCAGGAUAUCUUAAUGAUGGUACAACAUUUUCAACUUGUGUUAAAGAUGUAGUUUCAUGUAAUAUUGAAAAUAAAUGUCAUACCAAUGCUCAAUGUGUAUAUAAUGAACGUAUAGAUCGACAUGUAUGUUUAUGUCGAACUGGUUAUAAAGGUGAUGGAAUAACAUGUCGACAUGAACAUUCUUGUCUUGAAAAUGCUACCAUAUGUUCACCAUCAGCUGCUUGUGUUUAUGAUUCAAUUCUACAAGAUAAUGUUUGUUCAUGUCGAGAUGGUUUUGUUGGUGAUGGAAUACAUUGUGCUGAAACACUUGGUGGACCUAAAGAACAAUUUUUAAUUGUUAAUCAAGGACAAACAAUUUUAAAAGUACCUUUAACAGCAUCAGGCUUAACAACUAAUAAUGAUAAUCGUAUUCUUUAUGUACCACGAAUGCGUGCUGUGGCUAUUUCGAUUGAUUGUCGUCAACAAUUUGUUUAUUUUACUGAUACAUCAGGAAAGACAAUACAACGAAUGAAAUAUGAUGGUAGUGAACAAAAAAUAAUUCUUAGUGGACUUGGAAGUCCUGAAGGUAUUGCUGUUGAUUGGGUAUCACGUUUAGUAUUUUGGACAGAUUCAUUAUUAAAACGUUUGGAAGUAGCUAAAUUAGAUGGUAGUCUACGUAAAGUUCUUCUUGAUAAAAAUAUUCAAAAUCCACGUGGUAUUGCUAUUAAUCCAGAACUUGGAUAUAUCUUUUGGACAGAUUGGAAUCGACAAAAUCCUCGUAUUGAACGUGCUAAUAUGGAUGGUAGUGAACGUAAAAUUCUUGUUUCAGAUAAACUUGGUUUACCUAAUGGUCUUUAUUAUGAUCAUCAUCGUCGAGAAUUAUGUUGGGGAGAUGCAAAAAUGAAAACAAUUGAAUGUGUAAGAGAUGAUGGAUCAAAUCGACGUAUUAUUUUAGCUGAUCAAACAACAAUGAUAUUUGGUCUUAGUGAUGGACUUCAAUAUGCAUAUUGGACAGAUUGGUCAACAAAUAAAAUUGGUCGAAUUGAUAAAACACCAAGUCAUACACCAGAUAGUGUUCUUUUACCAUCCGGUGGAAAUGGAAAAUUAUAUGGAUUAGUUGCAGUUAAAAAUUCAUGUCCAAAUGAUAUUAAUAAUGUUUGUAGUGAAAAUAAUGAUUGUACGGCUGGUCAAUUAUGUUUACCAAAUUUAAGUCUUCGUGCUAAACGUGUUUGUCAAUGUGCUGAUAAUGCUGGUUUACAAUGUCUUCUUCGUGAACGACCACCACCACCACCACCACCUCAAUUUGGCUAG